CCAUGGCCACCGACAACACCAAGUACUAUGAGCUCUACCGCCGAAGCAGGUAUGCGCCGCGCCCCAACACGCCGACCCUGCGCGAGAGUGCUGGUGGCUAACACAUGCUGCAGCCUGGGCGGCUCGCUCACAGACACGCUGGACCACCUCAUCACGGAGCGCCGCAUCGAGCCCCAGCUGGCCAUGAAGAUCCUCGCCAACUUCGACCGCGCCGUCGCCGACGUCCUCUCGGAGAAGGUCAAGGCCCGCCUGACAUUCAAGGGCCAUCUCGACACGUACCGCUUCUGCGACGACGUCUGGACCUUUAUCAUCAAGGAUAUCAACUUCAAGCUCGACAACACGCACCAGAUCCACGCCGACCGCGUCAAGAUUGUUAGCUGCAACGCGAAGCGUCCCGGCGAGGCAUAGCCUGGCGCCUCUCCCCCCGACCACCAAAGACGUCCCGGCUGGAGCCAGGCUACCAGGCAGAGCGCCGCAGCUGAAGAUGCGCUGGAGACGGGCAACGAAGCGCCAGCUCCCGCGCCAACGCCCUUGCGCAGGGCCGGUGUUGUCGCACGUUUUAUCGGAGUUAUAAGUUGAACAGGACUACCACGAUACCUAUGGCAUAAAAGGCGUUGGGAGUUUGCAUUGGAAAUUCGACCCAGAACCAGCAUUUGUGAGAAUGGAAUAUGAAUGGUGCAUGCACACAUAUA